AGAAAAUGAGAAAAAAAAUAAAAAAUACGAUAAACUUUCUAACAAGCCUACUGAACUUUGAAACAACACACGCGAGUAGAGAGAGAAAGAAGACGACCUGAUAAAACUUACUACCUGUUCUUCUUCUUCUCUCAUUUAGUGGUGCGGAUUAAAGAUUGAAGUUUCCCCUGAUUGAUUUUGAUACUUGGGAAUCUAGAGUUUCUAUUGAUUCAAAUGUUUGGUAUCCAAAGUGGUUCUUCUAGUAUUAUUAUAAUCAAUGACCAUUUUUGAUGCCCUAAUUUCAGUUGUUUUUUUGAAAAAUGUCGGCCGAAAGAAUAAGACCUGGAGCUGGAGUUAUGAAUACUGUUUUCAAGAGUGGUCCACUUUUCAUUUCGUCAAAAGGGAUAGGAUGGAAAUCUUGGAAGAGGCGUUGGUUCAUACUCACUCGAACAUCUUUAGUUUUCUUCAAAAAUGAUCCUAGUGCUCUUCCCCAGAGAGGCGGCGAGGUUAAUCUGACUCUGGGUGGUAUAGAUUUAAACAAUUCAGGGAGUGUUGUGGUCAGGGAAGAUAAGAAACUCUUGACCGUAUUGUUUCCUGAUGGGCGCGAUGGGCGAGCGUUCACCCUCAAGGCUGAGUCGUCAGAAGACUUGUACGAGUGGAAGACAGCACUGGAACAUGCUUUGGCACAAGCACCAAGUGCUGCACUGGUCAUGGGACAUAAUGGGAUUUUCCGGAAUGACACAACUGAUACAAUUGAAGGAUCUUUCCAACAAUUGAGAGAUAAGCGGCCUGUCAAGUCGAUGGUUGUUGGAAGACCAAUUUUGCUGGCGUUAGAGGAUAUUGAUGGUGGUCCUUCGUUCCUAGAAAAAGCUCUUCGCUUUCUGGAGGUAUUCGGAAUAAAAGUUGAAGGAAUCUUGCGGCAAUCAGCAGAUGUUGAGGAUGUUUAUCACCGGGUCCAAGAAUAUGAACAAGGGAGGAAUGAGUUCAGCUCUGACGAGGAUGCACAUGUCGUCGGUGACUGUGUUAAGCACGUGCUUCGAGAGCUACCCUCAUCCCCGGUUCCUGCAUCUUGCUGUAUUGCGUUAUUGGAGGCAUCCAGGAUUGAGCGAAAGGAGACUAGGCUUAAUGCUCUGCGCUCUGCAGUAUUUGAGACAUUUCCGGAGCCAAAUAGGCGAUUAUUACAAAGAAUUCUGAAAAUGAUGCAUAUAAUUGCUGCUCAUUCUUCUGAUAAUCGGAUGACUCCUUCUGCGGUUGCUGCUUGCAUGGCACCCUUGUUACUGCGACCACUUUUGGCUGGUGAAUGUGAGUUGGAGGAUGACUUUGACAUGAGUGAUAGUUCAGCUCAGCUUCUUGCUGCUGCGAACGCUGCUAAUAAUGCUCAAGCCAUCAUUACAACUCUUUUGGAGGAUUAUGACAAUAUCUUCGAUGAUGAUAAUCUGCAAAGAUGCUCUUUUUCAGCAGAUUCUCAGAUGGGACACAGUGAGUCUGAUGAGUCAUCUGAUGACGAAAAUUUGGAUAUGAAAGAUAGUGCAUAUCAUGAUACAGAAAAUGAAGAUCCUCCAGAAGUAUAUGAUGAUCCUGACCGUGUGCUUAGCGGAAAGUUUAGUGGCAGCAGCGGCUAUGCUGGCAAUGAUUUAUAUAGUUAUAAGGCUUUUGAAGGUGAUGGUGGUUCAGAUGUUGAAUCUACUGGGGAGACUAGUGGUUUAUCAAGCCAUAAAGCCCACAGAGACUCCAACUUUCAAUUUAAUGAGAAAGAUAUAUGUAAGAAAGAGAGUGAGAGUCCGACUGAGAUGCAUAGUCCCACUGAUUUACCUGCCAGUGGAUCUCACCAAUCGAUGGCAGACCUUCUGUCCUCUAAAGAAUCUGGUCUUUCUCUACCCAUUGCUGGUCCUCAUUUAUCUGCAGAAAAAUCCUUGAGUAAACUAAGUGGUUACGGUCUCAAUGUCAAGCGCCCAUCCUUUUGGGGUAGAAAUAAUACACGGAAGAAUACCACAGUGGAAUCUGUUGACUCAUCCGGAGAAGAAGAGCUUGCUAUUCAGAGGCUAGAGGUUACUAAGAAUGAGUUGCGCACCAGGAUAGAGAAAGAGGCUAAAGGGAAUCAGAUUUUGCAAGCAAGUUUAGAGAGAAGAAAGCAAGCUUUGCACGAGCGACGAUUGGCACUUGAACAAGAUGUUUCAAGACUGCAAGAGCAGUUGCAAGCUGAGAGAGAUCUUAGAGCUGAUUUGGAGAUCGGUCUGAAUAUGUCUUCAGGACAGUUUUCUAAUCAACGUGGUAUGAACUCCAAGACGAGGGCAGAGCUAGAAGAGAUCGCUCUUGCUGAGGCAGAUGUAGCUAGGCUGAAACAGAAGGUCACGGAGCUCCACCUCCAACUGAACCAGCAAAGCCAAAACCAUUAUGGUGCCCUUUCUGAAGCAAGCGAUCGGUACCAGCAUUUACAAAAUCUACAUUCACAACAGAAGUAUCUUCAGCAAAAUUUCGAUAUGACCCUUGCAUUUUGUAAUCACGAAACGAAACAAAGAAAUGAGGACCGCUCAUUAGGAACUGAGAGAAAAAACAACGUCAAGGACCAGGCAAUGUCGUCUACCAGCAACGCCAAACAGCUGUUUCAAAAGCUGUAUGGUGAUACAAUAAGCUUGAGUGAUUCAAAAAGUACAGAGGCAUCUACUAGUUUUUCUGCAGAUGAUCUCUCGGCAAUUGAUUCCUCUGCGGUGGCUUCUACUUCAAGGCCAAUGGAGGCAAUGGAAUAUACACGAAAUCCAUCCGCAGCAUCUUCAACAUUGGUAGAAUUAACAUCGCGUCUGGAUUUCUUUAAGGAGCGACGAAACCAGCUUAUGGAACAACUUCAUAACCUCGACGCAAGCUAUGCUACAGCUACUUCACAAGGCCUGGUGUAUAAACAACCAUCAUCACCCCCAUGGAAAUAACAUCAUGAUUGGUGUGAGAGGAUAACCUCUGAUGCAUUUCCAUUCUUCGCCUUCUGUAUAUCCAUGUACUGUUGUUCAUUGUUGUAAUCUUGUUUAUUGCAUUUUCUCUUGGCUGAGCCGUUUUCUCCAUUUCCUUUGAUUUUUAUUCCUUCUCUUUUGAGUGUAUUUUUUUUUUUGUCCGAUAAACGUUGGUUACAUGUAUUAAUAAUGUAUAUGUGACUUGCGGGUUCAAUUUAUAUAUCUCUCUAACAUCAGGAGUGGUAAUCUAUGUAUUAACUUUUCCUCUCACGAACCUUUCCUACUCUUUAACCCUAUCAACAUAUAUUUUGUUUGGAAAAA